GAUCAAGUUACCUCCAUUAGUCAAUUCGUUCAAAAUGGUAUACUAUUUUUAAAUGAGUUCCGAGAUUUCGUAAAGGAACGAGCUCAGAUAGAAAAAGAGUAUGCAAGUAAAAUUGAAGCACUUGCAAAAAAAUACUCUACAAAAAAGGACAAAAAAGCAGUCUCCAUGUCUGUUGGUGAUGUUGCCAACACUUUAUCGGAAAAAGACUUCAAUGAUGCUAAAUCAGAUCCUGGUACUUUUUUGAAUGCAUGGACAGCUAUCCUUGAAGAAACCGAAAAUGUCGCAAAAGAAAGAUUCAAAUUUUCAGAAUCGUUAUCAACAGUUAUUAUGGAACGAGUUAAAACAGUAGCUAUAAAAAAAGAAGAAACGCGAAAGAAGCAUAUUAUGUUUGCUCAAAAACUGAAAUCCGAUAGAGACAAGAUAUUUAAUGAAAUGCAGAAAGCCAAAGAACACUAUUAUGAAUGUUGUGUAGAAGCACAAUCUUCAAAACAAAAACAAGAACGUGCACCAGAUGAAAGAAUAUUGGAUAAGUUACGUAAACAAACAUUAGAUGAUGUUGUUGAGAUGAAUAAUAGCAAAAAUAUGUAUAUAUUAUCAAUCAUAAGAGCGAAUGAACACAAGAAAAAAUAUUAUUAUGAGGACUUACCUGCUCUUAUCGAUCUAUUGCAAGAACUUAAUGAAAGUAGAAUUUAUGCUAUGAAGCAAAUAUGGAAUGAAUACAUGGAUCUUGAGUUGAAUGUAUUGAGAGAUUCCAAAACACACUUGGAUUUAGCUUGUCAAACCAUAAAAAAGACUGACGCUCGUACAGAUUCGCAAUUAUUUAUAAAGUAUAACGAAAAAAGUUGGAAAGAUCCACCAGAUUUUGUAUUUAUGUCUUCUCCAACAUUUACAGACACAGGCGAAUUUGUUAGUGAUGAAAACACACACGUGUUUCUGAAUAAUCAGCUUUCUAAAUCCGGACGCAAACUACCAAAUCUGAUUUUAACAAUAGAAGAAAAGAGGAAACAAAUUAUUGGGUUGAAAUCGUUAAAAGAAGCUUAUGAAAAUAAUCCUAAACUAGGUGAUUUCGAUGCUGUUACUGAUAAUUUACACGAGGCAAUUCGAGAAGUCACCAUCUUAGAAACUUUACGAAAAACCUGUCAAACAGAAGUUGAUUCCAUUAUACAAGUCAUAGGGGAUAGUGAAACAGAUGGACAGAGUCAUAAUUUUAAAAAUGCCGCAUUUACUAUCCCAACAACAUGUGAUUUAUGCCAGAAUACAAUUUGGGGCAUAGCGAAACAAGGAUUUACGUGUAAAGAUUGUGGCUAUAAUUGUCAUGCAAAAUGCGAAAUGAAGGUGCCUCCAAAUUGUACAAAGAGGAAAGGAGAGCUUAAACGUGGCACAAUAACAAGCGGGACUUUUUCAAACAUCGUAUCUCCGUGGGGAACCUUAUCUGGGGCAGGUGCUCAUAAUCGCGUUAUGGAUAAAACCAUUUCAAAUCUGUCAUCUUCGUCAACAAAUGAUAAAGAAGAAGGAGAGACAUGGAUAGCAACAGUCUUGUAUGACUAUACUGCUGACAGUAAUGAUGAAUUGAGUGUCACUACUGGUGACGUCAUCACUGUUAUAGAGCCAGAUGACGGAACCGGAUGGGUCAAGGCAUUACAUAAUGGGCAAGAUGGAUUGGUUCCAGCAUCUUAUAUUGAAUAUCAAGCUGAAUAUCAAACAUCGGAUAGUAGCGAUUAUGUAAAAGUACUGUACGACUACGUUGCGCAGUCUCCUGAAGAAAUAUCGAUAAAAGAAGGAGACGUAAUAUUAGUAACAAAUCGGGAUGUUGAUGAAGGAUGGUGGGAAGGCACAUUGAACGGAGUGACAGGUCAAUUUCCUGCGAGCUAUGUAGGCCCUUUAGAGUGA